GCCGCCGCCGAAAGCUUCUUCUAAGAAGCUCCUCUUCUCUUUUUAAAGUUGAAACUAAAAGCCCACUUUCAAUUCUUUUUCCUUCUUGUAUUUUCGAUAAUGGAUGGCGUCUUAGGGCAGUCGCCGCCAUCAACUCUCCGACGCCGCAACUCCAUCACAACCCCCGUCCAAAUCCCUGCGAAGCUAACUAUAGUGACUCCGAAGCUUCUCCAAACUGCCACAAGCCUCCCAAAAGGCAGCGCCGCCCCAUCUCCGCUUAGCCUCGAGCUUAUCUCCCUCAAAGCCUCCUUUGCUUCCUACACUUCACUCAAAGACAUCCUCCCUUCCCCCGCCGUAGAUAUCAACUCCCCCUCCGCGGCGGGAUCCGCCACAAAUUCUGGGUACGAAAUUUCAAUCCGCAACCGCUUAGUAAAACAGGCCGCUUGGGCAUAUCUGCAGCCCAUGUCAGCCUCCCCAGACUCCUCCGGUCCUCACUUUUUCUGUCGGCUUUGGCUCCAGUUCUCAUCUCACAAUCCCAUCUCUUCCUGUCUUCGGUUCUUCAACCUCAAACUCUUACCUGGUCUGACCGGACUCGUCAAUCGGAUAUUCGGAUCCAUUGGAACCAUCUUCAACAGAUAAAGAUAAAAGUCGCGUAUACACAUGAACAAGGGAUAGAAUAUUCAAUCAAGUACAUAAACUGUAGGA